CAUGAACAUGGAAGUCUUUUCUAUCUUUCAAAACAAGUGUCAAAAAAAACUGUUCCAUUAAAAAUCCAUUUCUAAGAUGGAUAUCAAUGUUCAGAACGAUUUUGACAGUAAAUCGACAAAUGGUUUGAAGGUGAAAAGCGAUGAUUCGUGAAAAUGCAUCUGUCGCUAGUACGUUGGAUCAUCUUCUUGAAGAAGUCGAAAUCGAGUGUGAGGCAACAUCGGCAAGCGAAAACAUCGAAAAGUCUGUAUCUUUUGAUACAAACGACGAGAACGUUGCUCGAAAAGAAAGAAUCUUCAGGCGAAGCACCGCUAGCGGUUCAUCCGAAAUUUCCUGUCGUAUUUGUUAUGACACGAAUCCACUGAUUCCCAUUACAUUUCCGUGCAAAUGCAAGGGUACGAUGGGCGCGAUACAUUUGGCUUGUUUGGAGCGUUGGCUCGAGGAAAGCAAUCGGAAAAGUUGCGAGUUAUGCGGUCACGAGUUCGAGGUUGAACGAACACCGCGACAUCCAGCGCUGCGAUCAAUCAUCAUUUGGAUGUGUUUGAGCCAACGGCAACAUCAGCUGUUCGUGCGAAGUUUCCGGCUCGAUUUGCUGCGUUGCAUGAUCAUAACGCCGAUCACGAUCGUUUGCUCUUACGUUUGUGUCGUAGCAGCUGAUUUUUACUCGAAGAACACCUACGACAAUUUUCCACCUGCCAGAUGGACGACGUAUUCGCUAUUCGCUAUGAUGAUACUUCUCGUGUUCUCCUUUUUCAUAUGGAUUUACAUGGCCAUACAGUAUCAUCAGAGGGUCUGGUAUUACUGGUGGCAAAAAACCAGUGCGGUGAGAGUCAAGCUUCCACCUCAGACAAGAACGUCUUGGACGAAGAGCCCCGAUCGUCUCAAAUCCGAAAACGACUCUUACGUCUGACCACACUGA